UUUCUGUCGACGACAUUUCAUUCACUACAAUGAGUCACAUAAUGGAUUGAUUUAGUUUUAAGUAAAUAUAUACUUUAUAAUAUUUGAGUUCAUAAUAUUUGUGCCAACUACAUUCACAACGUUAGAGCCUUUAAAGGUAUUUUGAUAGGGCUGAAUGAUAAGAUAAUUAUUAAUCAGAUAUAAUAAUAUAUUUAACAACGUCAAAAUUUAGGCUAGGCCCACUUUUACUUUAAAUUUACUGUGGCUUAGGACUUAGCUAGUACUAGAGGAGUGUAAUUUUACUGCUGGUAGUGUCACGGCCUUGUUAUUAUUAAAAUUAGUAUGCGUAGGCUUAAAUACUAAAUAUAUAGUGGGCCUAUAACCUACUAUUAAAUUAUACUAUACUAUACUGGGCUGAUGUUAAGGAGGGAUGCCACAGAGUCUUUUGUGUGUUUACUAUAGUUGCAGUGAAUUAAGGUUUAGGUUAGAUUGAGGGAUCGAUUUAGGGUUCAGGUUAGGCAUAGGGAUCGAUUUAGGGUUCAGGUUAGGCAUCGGCAUAGGGAUCGAUUUAGGGAUACAUUCGUGAAAUUCGAUAAAAAUGUGGCAUUCGUCCUUAAAAUUUACCCUAUACUGACUAUAGUAUGAAAUUUUUUUAAAAUUUACUUAUUAUUAUCAGAUUAUUAAGUGUUUCAACAAGUUGUGCCGACCUUUGACUUUGAAAAUACCGGUAAUAAGACAUUAAAAAACAAAAUGAACGUUUCUGAAAGCGCAUUUGUAGUGUAUGUAACAUGUAUAAGAGAAACAUUUCGAAUACUAAGUGAUAUUUUAUUGAAUUUCAACAUUCUUCAUGUAGUUGAAUAUUUACAUUUUACUUAUACGAACACCCAAAGAAAAUACCACUAUCAAUAAUACCAUAUGAAUAUUAAUGUGCAUGGUCGUAUUUCAACCAACUUGCUUUUACUAUGCUUUGGCAAAAUUUACACACAAUAUCCAUGGCUCAUUCAAAAGCCUCAGUCUCACAGCAAAUCUUUGAAAACACCACGAUUUUAGAAACGUACGGUAGCAAACUGUAUAGCAAAGUCAUAGGUCUUCGUUUACCCUGUUCAUGACGGAAUUUGUUUCCAGAAUGGCACGGCAUGUGCCAGUCUAAGGGUAAAACAUGACGUUUUCUUACAGAAACCAUUGCACAAUGCGCUUGGGACAGGAUUUGCGCUAUUUCAAAGUUUUUUAUUUGUUGUUUUUUGUUAAGAAAUCGAUCCAUGGCGGGGGUGGGGGGGGGAGUUAUGGGCAGAGGCUUAACCAAAAGGGGGCCUACACAAAUUACGGCUCUGGAUGGAGUUGUCCACAAAGGACAUCCGCACAACAACCUUACCUUUUGCAUCCCCCAACCCGGGGGGAGGGGGGGGGGGGGGGGAGUUGCUGAUAUCUGCCGGCAUUUUUUACUAAUGUGUAAUGCCAAUGUAAAACUAAUUCAAUGAUAUUUAAUUAUUGUUAAAAAACUUUAAAAAAUUGCUGCAGUGUUUCGUAUUUAUCAUCAUACUGUUGUUUUGUGUUGACAAUCGCUUGAUAUCACAAUGACAAUGCCUCGCACAACUUUAACUUCAUGAUCAAUGUAUGUGAUUCUCUGAGCGUAAUAUAUUUGUGGCGUAAUAAUAUCUUGGAGUUAACAAAACAGAUGCACUGGCUUCCCAUUGAUUUUUACACCAGGCCCUGAGGGAUCACAUACAAUGUUAUAUUUAUAAUGCCUCUCCCCCCCCCACCCCUCCAAAAAAAGAAAAGAAAACAAAAACAAACGGGGGGGGGGGGGGGGGGAUUGAUUACAAAUUAGCUACCCUAUUUAUGCCUAUUAAGAUUCACAAUCAUAGGAUAAAACUUACUAUAAUUAAUAAAUAUAUUUGUAUUUCAAUAUAUAGGGGGAAAAAAGUGGUUAACUUUAAAAAUAAAUAAUGGUUCAACAUUACACCCCAGCCCCCCUCCUUUCCAAUAAAUACUAAGAAAUGUUUUUACAAUUGCCACAAAAGUGUGGAAAUUACCCAAUAUCUUCCUCCCAAGGUAUUAAAUGAUUUUUAAAUAAAUAGUUUUCAGUUUUAUCAAGAGUAUAACAUUAAAUCUACAAGUACCGGUUAGGCCAAAAAGUUAAAGACUCGUAAAGACCAUGGUUUUGUUGCUUUAAAUCACUGAGGUGUAUGCAGGCAGCUAGGUGAUUUUGAGUGUGAGGUAGAUAAUUUAACUACUAAUAAUUAAAGACUUACCCAAGUUUAAGUUGAAAGUUAAAGCCAAAGCGUAGGCCUAGUCUAGUAAAUAGUUUGUUUAUUUUAAGGCCAGAAUAAGUCAUAAGUGUGAGGCUUCUCGCUUGUUAUAAAAAAAAAUAAUAAUAAUUAGAUUUUACAGAGAUAUUGUAACUUUAAAGUUUAUUCAUAAGAUGACACUUCCAAAUGGUUUCGAUAUUUAUUAAUUAUUUUUAGGUAAACCUGUGUUAAAAAUCCCACUUCAUUAUUAUACUUCAUACAGGUGCAGGCUAUAACAAAAGUUAAAGGCUUUAAAUGUUAUCUAUACAUCAUAUUAUUCAUUUACAUCUAAAACUGUGUUAGUGAUAUUCUUUCCUAGAUGUCUGAGUCUUAAGCGUUGUAUCAUAAGGAAGUAACAUUAAAAAGAUUUCAAUUUUUUUUACAGUGGACAAGAUUUUAUAAAGUUUUUAUAUCGUACAAUCUCUUAGAAUACUUAGAUAUAUGCAUAUUUUAUUUCUCUGUGAAUGCUUAAAUGCACCUGUCUGCAAACACAUUUUGGUCAUGCUAGUACCAGGUCUUUCAUACUCACAAGAAGUCCUGUACAAGAGCCCCCCAUUGCACAAGUUCCUUCUCUGCUCAAUCUUACACCUAUCAAAAUUGUAUCCCACAAAAAACAUUAAUUUGCCUUAUAUGUGGGAACUUUCACUGACUUGCAAGGAAUAAAAACUACACUAUUUUUAGUGGCCUAUGAUAUUUGAAAGUGCUAGUAUAUUUAGGUGUAGCUCCUUGUUCAAUAUAAUACAAUUUUCAUUAUGCUAGAACUAUUAAUUUUUCAACUAUUGUUAGAGGAUAACCAGUUUCAACAAUUUAUGAUAUUUCACAAGAAGCCAUUACAAGGUUUUCAUUCGGAAACCCCUUAAUAUUUAUGGUAGCUUUAAUGCUCUCUUGGUCAUAAAAAUCAUAAUCAGUAAACACAUAGGAAAAAGUCCACUCACUCUUGACACUUAAAAUUAAAUUCAUUGGGUGGACUAGAUGUAGGUGCGUAACAUUUUUUUCAUUUCUUGUUUUAGUCAAGCUGUUCUAAAGACAGAGAAUGCAGUUAUCAUUUUAUCAAUCAUUUAUAAGUGUACAAAAAAAGAUACCCUCAUCUGGAUAAAUAGACGGAUAAUUUAAUUUAUCCUUAGCUUUCCUGUAUCAUGUCUAUUUUGUUUCUGCUAAAGGGGGUCUUUGAAAAGCAUUAAUUUAUUUUCUUUAGAAAAGCAUGACACCGUUAGGUUACAGACAAUCUCUUACAUUGUUUAUUUCUAGCGCUCAAGGUAUUAAUUCUUCUGCCACUGUCUGCUCAGUAGUCAUUUGAUCACCACCGACAUUUCAAGACAUUAAUUUUAAAACAUGUCUGCACAACUAUCCCUGAAAGUAGGGGAGGUCAAAAUCCCUGAGGACUCUGAUUUUCGUCACUUUAAAGCUAUAUGUGAGGACACUGAUGGAUGGAAGUUAGAAGUAGACAAAAAUCAAACAACUGUUUGGACAAAAACCAACGAUCUUUCAGACUUCAAGAUGGUCAAGGUAAACAUUAACAUGAUAUAAGGCAAAAUUCAACAGUUUGAAAAAAUGUAUGUUAUAUGUUAAUGCACAAAAAUAAAACCAAAUUUGUUGCAUAUUCAACACAAAACUAGAAUUUUGAGACACAACAGUCAAAAUUUUAAAAAAAUUGUAUGCACUGGUUUGGUAAGGAGCGCUGUCCAUCAGACAACUAUUUUAUAUAUUAGAUACAUGAUUUUUAUUAUAUUCCCCAUCUUACUUUGUAAGUAACAAAGAAAACUUUAGAAGCAUUUUUUUAAAAAAUUCUUACAUUGCUUUUUAAAAUUCUUUUAUAUCAUAAUCUUGCUGUUUGAAAAUGUUGUUUUGAGUUUGAGCAAAAACUGAACGAUUUGUUUUUUAAGUGAAUGUUUCAAGCUUUUUUUUUUUUACUAUAUUGACAUCAAAUAAAGUAAUGGAGAAAUGCUGUUUACAUUUUUUGUUUUACAUUGAUAAAGCAUUCUAAUAGAUCUUUUUGCUAUUCUAAUUUGAUGAAAAAAAUCCAAUCCUGAAUGUUACUUUGCUACAGGUGCGCACUACUUUUAAAGAUCUAGAUGCAGCUACUUUGUAUGAUGUCAUCCAUGACCCAGAGUUCCGCAAGACAUGGGACCAGUCAAUGCUAGAGGGAUCUGAGAUAUGCGCAAUUAACCCUAACAACGAUAUUGGUUACUAUGCAAGUAAGGCAUACAAUUGUACUUAGUUUCAAAUAGUGCAUCUGGAAUUUUGGCCUAAAUUUUUGUACAAAUUUUUGUACAAAACCAUUUAGGGUUGUUUUUUUCCUAUGGGAUGAUACUAUAAUAUUUUAAGAAAUUCAUCAAAAUUCUUUGCCUAAAUGUCUCAAUAUUAAGGAGAUUGUUUUAUUUCAAUAAGUUCUCCUCGAAACAAUUGUAGCUACAAAAAUGCACUUGUAGUAAAAUGUGUCUGAAUUUAUUAGCAUUAAGGAUUAAACGUAUGCUCUGAAUUUCGCUCUUACUCACUUUCAUUUAAAAGAAAUGUUACACCACAUUUGUGAUAUGUUUGCUGAUCUAUUUUUUCAAUUUAUUCUAUUGAUCAGUAUGUAUAAGUAUUAAAUUUCUAAAAUAUUGUGCAAAUCUAGAUUCCAACUUAUGAGUAGAGCUAUUUUAUAUUUGUAAUUUAUAAUUUGAUGGUUUAAAAAAAAAAAUUUUUCGUCUAUUCAGUCCGAUGUCCAGCCCCACUAAAGAAUAGAGACUUUGUAACACAGAGGUCAUGGCUGGAUUGUGGUUAUGAAAAGAUUAUCUUUAAUCAUUCUGUCAAUCAUGCUGUAAGUUUAAAUGUUCAGUAAUAUUUUUCUAAGUGUUUUUCUAAUGAACUGACAGUGCUGUCUUAUUUUGGUGCAUGACUCAUAUAAUUAAUAAUAAAACAUACAUUUAUUUAAGCUUUUAUUGCAAUAAAAUUGUGUCUUUUAAGUGUCUGUUGAUACAAGUUUGUAUAACAUUCAUUCUCGUGUGAGAUGAUUGUCUAAGUUUGUUUUUUUUAAGUUCUCAGAAAUUUCAAUUUUUGCCAUAAUCCAUUCCAUGUCUUAAGCAUGACAGGCAUACAUUGCUUUUAAUUGCUUCAAUCUUUUCUUUAUUAUUUUUUAAAAACUAUAUUUUAUUUAUCAUUGUUGAAUUUUGAUGUGUAACGUUACAUUUUUUAGAUUAAUGUAAGUGAAAGCCAAACACGGGUUAUGCUUUUGGCUUUUGUUAAUUAUAUGUGGUAGAAUGUAUUUUAUUAAUGAUGGUAGGAUUUAUGCCCUUAAUGAUCGUAGGAUGUAUUCGGUUAAUGAUGGUAGGAUGUAUGCCAUUAAUGAUGGUAUUAUGUAUGCCGUUAAUAAUGUAUGUUGUAUGCCAUUAAUGAUGGUAAGAUGUAUGCCGUUAAUGAUGGUUAGAUGUAUGCCUUUAAUGAUGGUAAGAUGUAUGCCGUUAAUGAUGGUAAGAUGUAUGCCGUUAAUAUGGUAAGAUGUAUGCCGUUAAUGAUGAUACGAUGUACGCCAUUAAUGAUGGUAAGAUGUAUGCCGUUAAUGAUGGUAAGAUGUAUGCCGUUAAUGAGGUUACAAUGUAUGCCAUUAAUGACAGUAGAAUUUAUACAGUUAAUGAUUGUAUGCCAAAAAUGAAGGUUUUAAGAUGCUAUUUCCAAAAAUACAUUUGAAAAAUCAAAUAAGUGCAGUGACAAAUAGUCAGCAAUAUGUUGAAUAAGAAGAAUUUUGCACUGCACUUUUAUUUUAGCCUUUUUAUUGAGAUUUUAAGAUGGCGUUAAAUAUCUUUUUAGUACACUUAGCUUAAACAUGAUGUGUGGUUGAACUAUAUCAAGAAACACUAAAAAGUUUUUUGAAACUGCUAAUGUAAACUAAUUUAUCAAAUAUGUACAUGUACUAGAUUUUCUUAUAAGUGUAGGUUUACGUUGAUGCAAAUGAAAUUAGAAAUACAAAAUCAACUAGUUAAAAACAAACUGAAAUUUUCUCUUUGUACAGGCAAGACCGCUGAAGAAAGGUAUUAUCAGAGGCACGUCAUAUUUAACUGGCUAUUAUAUUGUCAAGCUUGAGGAGAACAAAACUCAGCUGACAUACAUCUCACAGUCUGAUCCCAAAGGUAACAUUGAUUAACACGUACAUCUCACAGUCUGAUAUCCCAAAGGUAACAUUGACACAUACAUCACACUGUCUGGCCACAAAGUUAACAUUGAUUGACAUAUACAUCGCACAGCCUGGUCCAAAAGGUAACAAUGAUACAUACAUCAUCUCACAUUCUUACCCUAAAGGUAACAUUAUUUAACACAUACAUCCCAGUCUGAUCCCAAUGGUAACAUUGACACAUACAUCUUCUCUCGGUCUGACCUCAAUACUAAAAUUGAUCAGCAAUCUUUCAACAAACAUGGCUGCUUAAAUCCCAACUGUUUUUUAUUUAACUUAAAUAUUCACUUCUUUCACUGACAAGAUCUUUUAUACUAGUAUGUCAAAAACUAUUUUUUUCAAUAGCAUUAGAUAUUUUUUAACUCGCGUGGCUAUCUAUUUUUACUAUGUUUAAAUUCCCUAUUCACUCCUCAACAUUUUAUUGACAAAAUUCCAGCUCUGUACUUUUAUGUACACGCUGUUGAUAAUCUGAUAAAGCUUUAUCUCCACAUCAUUCUCAACGGUCCAGUUAUUUACAUACAUAGAGAGCUGGUGGGUGGAACCGGGGCUGUAGUACCUAAGCCCAUUUUGUUGUUGUCAGUUGUACACCAUUAAAAGGCACCCCUCAUGUUUGGCCACCAGUGUUAUGAAGCCAGGAAAUUACUGUAAGCUUCCGCAAUAUGCCUCCAUCAUAUUUGUAUUUUCUCAUGUGUCUACAUUGUUUGUUAAAGAUUUGAUCUGUUACUCUCAGGCAAUCUUCCAGCAUGGGCAAUAAACAAGCUGACUAGGAUGUUUGCACCAAAGGUUGGUUCAUUUAUCUUACCUUCACAUCUCAGGAGUCUAUAGACACAUUGCAGUCAGAAUAAAUUGAUGCCUAAUUAAUUAUUUCAUUAGUUUUUAAAGACAAAUUAAUUUCAUGGUUUUUUUUUUUUUCAUAAAAAAAAGCUCAAAUGUUAUUUGUAGUUUCAAUGAGAGUAUAUUUAUGUUAAAUUAUUUUUCGAAUAUUUUUUUUUUUUUUUUAACACAAAUUUUUUUUUUUAUUUUUAAAAAAAAAAUAAUUUCAUGGUUUUUUUUUUUUUCAUAAAAAAAAGCUCAAAUGUUAUUUGUAGUUUCAAUGAGAGUAUAUUUAUGUUAAAUUAUUUUUCGAAUAUUUUUUUUUUUUUUAAACACAAAUUUUUUUUUUUCAAUGCCCAUUUGAAAUGAUACUUGCAGUUUCAGUGAAUAUAUAUUUAUUUCAAAUGAUACAUUAGGAAAUAGUGUCAGCAGGUCGUUGAACUCGUACCAAGCUCUUUAUGCCCCCUCCAAAGCACCUCCCCUGAGCCGGUAUGUUGGGUCCCCCUUUAGGCUGCGAAGCGGCACGUUGGAGAUCUCCCUUUGUCAGGACGGUCCCCACUCGCAUUGGCUUGAUCUGGUUUACCACUGGGGUCCGCCCUGCCCCAGGGACAUCCGGUCGACCCGACAAUGUUCUCGCAGUGCCAACGGUCAACUUUCCUAUAGUGGUCGGGGUUAUACAUUUACAUCCUAAUAUCUUCCCCCUCCCACUCCGGGAAAGCAUCGGACGCCAUCUAAUAUGGAUUUCUACAGUGGGUUUCUACCUCACAACUAAGUUAUGAAGCAGCUGGGACGAAACGGUUGCCAAGGAACAGCUUCCUCAAUGCUGUGUAAAUAGAUUCAUAAGCAUUUUUUAUCAUGCAAACAAAUUACGCAGCUAGUAUUUUCUUAUAUAACUGUGUGACUUUACUUAGAGUAGUCAUAACAUUAAACAAAUGGUAUUUAUUCUUUUAUAAGUUUAAUUACAAAUACAAAUUUCACCUACUUCCAAUUAGAAACUAUAUGUUUAAUGUAUUAAAAAAAACAAGUUCAUAGAAAGUCUUAAUAAAAAAAUGCCAAAAUCUAUUAAACUUAAACAGUACAAUAAAAUUUAAGAAAAAAGGAAUCUGAUCAAGUUUUUAAAUCUAAUAUAAAUAUUUACAUGUUGCCCAGAUGAAAAUUUCAUUCUAUACAAUUUCAAAAGUGCUCUAGGUUCUUGCUCUUGCACUUUUGAGUGGCCAGUGUUGCCACCUGAAGAAACCAGCAGUAAGCACCCCUCAUGUAUAAAUCGCAGUGGCCUAGAUAUCUUGUUUCUAAGUUAAGGACGUCUGGAUGAAAUCUCUCUCCUUGCUCAUCACUUUCAUCAACCAAGUUUGGUGGUAAUAAGUCCAGAUGAGAAUAUUAGAUUAGAAAAACAUUUUAGGGACAUCAGAGGCUGAGUUGCUUGUAGGCUGUUAGCACAGUUGUGAGUUUGGUCAGUAAUGCAGCUUUCCAGCUCGCCUUGCUGGAGUCUAUGAACAGUACUCCAUGAUCUGAAAUGUUUUCGGAACUUAACUUUAGCAUGAUACCCUUUAACAUCAGUGCAGAAAUGGAUAUGAUUUUCCAGUUUAUAAUAUGUGUAGAUAUUGCAAAGUGAUUGGGUGGGGCCUGUUGAGCCUUAGGAAAACUUCAACUUUAGAGGCCUGAAUUUAUUAUUGUGGUGAUGGACAAUAUAAUUGUCUCUUCCCAUUUUCACAUAUUCUUUUUCAAAACUCACAUUGUCAAUUUAAAAAAAAAUACAUUGCUCAAAAACUACUAAAUUUAGUUGAUGCUUGUUUAAUUUGCUAUAUAAAACUGGAUAAUUUUUAUAAAAAGUUUUUUGCAAAAGCUGCUAAUUUAUCCCGUAUUGAGUAAAGGCGUAUGCUUUGGUUCCUUUACGCUCUACCUAAUGUAAAAUAUACUUAGGUAGUGUGUCACCAUACUCAACACCGGUCAUUUUCAUAAUUUAUUAUAUAUUUCUUAAAUGCAUGCAUAACUUAAAAUCUAGUUGUGCUAUUCAUAUUUGGAAUCAGUGUGUUAGAAUACAUGCAAACAUGUUAUGCCUUCAUUAGCAAAGUCGUUGUUGACCAGUUGUUAUUGUUUAAAGAAAACUCUAAUUUCAAGUUUAGAUUUAAAAAUAAAAAGACUUACUUGAAUGUUAUUUGAAGUUUCAGGAUGAACAGUUUUGUUUGUGUGGAGAUUUUUCAAACUCAAUUUACUUUAUCAGUUGAACAUUAUUCUAUGUAUCUUCACAAUUUAAAGGUGUUUAGGGAGGGCGGGGUUAUGACAAAAUUGGGCCUGAUGGUGCAUGUGCUUUCAACACUCACCGCACUGGGACACUCAGGCUGACCAAGGAGCCUUAGUUUCUCUGCAGCCACUUAUAGAGCCUAUACCUAAGGCCGACACUGGACAUUAUUGUUGCAUUGCAGCGCAAAGAGCAAUAGUAACCAUAGUAACAAUAGUAAAAAGUAACGCUGUGUCUAAGCCUCAAAAACUCAUACUCAUUCUAAGAAUUAUUUUGAAGUUAAUGUAGCAAAGUAAAACUUUUUAGCUUCUGGAAAAUUCUCGUCUGCUUUCAUCUGGGCCUACUUCAGGAAUGUGCCUUAUGCUGCAGCCUGUUCUGUAAUUAGCCAAACAAAUUUUAUCCCAGGCCUUUGUGCAUACAUUUCAUAUGCUUUAUAUCUCAGCUGUCUACUUAAGUGUUGAGGCGGGCAAUGAGUGCUGGCUCACACUCUAUUGUAGAUAGCCAUUGUCAAUGGUUACAUAGUUGAGUAGAUUGGAUAAAAGCUAUCUCAUGGUUAAUUCUGGAAACAUGCUUCUGGUGACAUGUUCACAUUAAAAUGUUCACAAAACUGUAUUUAUUGGCCGACAAGACAUUCAUGGCAAGCAGUCACCAUUGCCCCAUUUUUAGUUCACCUAGCAGCAGUGCAGAAACUAGUUUAAAACUUGGCCUUCGAAUGACCCACAUUUUCUUGUCACCAGGUGAUCAAUCGCAUCUACAAAGCGGCCAAAAACUACAAGAGCUGGAAGGCCAAGAACAGGCCAGAGUUCAAGCCCUGGCUCAACCCGGAGCAGAUGAUGACCAUGCUGCCCAAGUACAACCCCACGGACGUGGUUAGCCCAGAGAAGCUGACUUCAUCGCGAGAGUCUCUGGAUGAAGGGGAUAUGAACGAGGCCGACUUCCAGGAUGACGACUACUAGAUGUUGGUUGGUGUUUGGUUUGCUGCUUGUUGAUGUAGAAUGUGGGAGAUUUUUUUUUUUGGAGGGGCUUGGAUAUUUUAGGGAUUUGACCCUAAGUCAGUAUUGUGUAGGGCGUACAACUUUAUUGGUUUAGCAUAUAUGUGAUAUUAUGUUUUUUUUUAAUAAUCUAUUUUUUUUUAAAGUUUGUUGUAAAAAAAAAAUAUAUUAUUCUUAUAUUUAUAUGAAAAUUCAAAUUAUCUUUAUAAACAAGUAGUUUUGUUGACUGAAUGAUAAUUUGAAAAUGAAAAAUGUUUUAAUAAUUUUUUUAAAAUAAUAAAUCUCUGAAGAUCUGCUCUCCCUGUUGGGACAGAUUUCUGAGUAAGAACAAAUUAUCUAUUGGUAAGUCUUGUGAUGGUCCUUAUUUGCUCAUGACAUUUGUUUUAUUUUGAAAUCAGAAUCAUUAGUUAUCAAGUAGACUCAACUAUUACUUUGUGAUGUUACUCCUUGGUGGAGAUACAUUGAUUUUGUUAGGGGGGUUGACUAAGGUCCUCCCUACAGUCAUGAGGAGGUCUAAGGUCCUCACUAUGGUCACUAUGAGGAGGUCCAUACAGACUUCCCUUGCUCAAUCACACAACCCUACAGAACUUUACACAAACUGGAAAUAGUGUUGGUAACAAGACUGAAAGAACAAAAAAAUUUAAGUUAACUAGGCUUCCACCUGGCCAACCAUCACACAUACCCUCACCACAUUCAGUUCAAUAGGUGACAAGCUCCUAAUGAUUUAAACAUGUCUAGUUUUGAUGCUGAUCUCAAUGAAUAUGUCUGCUUUAUGACCUUGGCAAUUGGCAAGAAGUAUUUUGUUGUCCUAAUGAAACCCUGGUCUAAUGAUUUAAUGAGGAAUAUUUAAAUAAUUAUUUCCUUUGCAGAAAGACAUUUGAACCACUUCCUAUUCUGGUGUAGGAGGAAGUGCAAUUAUGAUGAUUUCAAUAUAAUUAACUUCUGUACCGAAGAUCAUGUAAGAAAAUAAGGAAUCAUCUAUAGUGCAAACAUUUUUAUCAACAUUUUAAAU